AUGGGGAGGACACACAGGGAGGAACGGGUCAGCUCGCCGGACUCACCUGGUCAUGUUGGCUCCGGGCAGCUGCCACCACCGUCUCCCACGCAGCCACCAGUACUUUACUCCAGCGCCUUUGCGCCCCGCCACGGCCGUACAGCCCGCGCCUGCCCAAGGCACCGCCUCCGGGUGCCCAAUUUAAUCCUGAGGAGCAGCGGCUGCUGCCGGGAGCCCCCUUAUUCGCUGCUGCCUCCCGGCCCUCUCCAAAAAUCCCGAAAUCCAGCAUCCAAAGGAGCGCGUCCCCCCGCCCUCCCUCCACCCCUACUCCUUUCUCCUCGCCUCCGCCUCCUCUUCCCGGGCCGUCCUCCUGGCCCUUUGGAGCCCUCGGCUUCCGCGGCGUUUUCUCCUCCUCUUGCUCCUCCCGCUCGCCCUGUGCUCGCUUCUCGGCUGCCGCUGUGUGUCUCCUCUCCCUCCUCCUGCUGUUCCUCCUCCUCCCGCUCCUCGCUCCUCGAUGCUCCACCGCUCUCGGCCGGGGGGUCCGGGGCAGCGUCUCCUCUCCUCCCUCAGCCUCUCGUUUGCUUCUUCCUGCUGCUGCUUCUUUUAAAGAGGAGUCUUUGGCCACAAAUAGCAACUCGGCUGCCCCCCUCAGCGCCUUCCUCCCCUUCUCUUCUUCCCCCCAAAAGUGAAGCGCAAGCCAGAGAUGCACACCCGGGCGCUUCCUGCUCUGCAUCCUGGCACAUGGCAGGAAAAAAUGCUGGUCGCGCCCCCUUUCAAGCAGUUGUAAUAAUAAAGGAGCGCGCCUUGAUGAGACAGUUUGUGUCCGCCUCAAUUCACCUUGGCAGUCUCAUUCGAGGAUGCUUGUGGGAUCUACUUUGGAGUCAAGAGAGUAAGAAAGAGAGGUAUGGAAUCAAUCUUAAGGUAAUACUCUUGCUUUUCCUCCAUGCAACUUGCUUUUCUGAUCUUGGAAAUGCAGUGAUCCCUGGCUUUUCUGAAGGACACCAUGAAACCAACCGUCUCCCUAGACGAGCACCCAGUUGUUGGGCCACACAAGCGUCAUCCAUAGAAUGCUUUAUCCUCAGAACACACUGUGUGGAUUGUUAGCUAAGAGGAAAAUUUUAACCUUCACUCCUCCUGGGACCUCUAGCAUGUGUACAAAGUUAGAAGGUAGCUGGAAGCCACCAUUGGCAAUUUACUGGCCUACCAAAAUUUUAUUCUAAACUUGGUCAAAAAGGUUAAAUAAAGUAAAGGCAGCACCUCCAGCCACUUUCCUUGCUUAUUCUGUGUUCAGGCCAGUUCAUACACACAUUACUUUUCCAACAGGCUGGAGGAUGUGUUUGA